UGGGAGAGGCGCUCCCGCGGCGGGAGGAGGAAAGCUUCCGGCCGGCCUUCCGGCGCGCGGGGGGCCUCGCUAGGGCGGGAAUGGCCGCGGCGGCCGAGGAGGCGGCGGAGGCGCGCAGGAUGGAGCUGGAGGCGGAGGCGAACCGCUGGGCCGUCCUCUUCUACGCCCACCAGGCCUUGCGGGCUUUCCGGGCCGGGAACAGCCAGGACUUUCGGGAGCUGCGCGACGUCCUCGCCGCCGUCCUGGCGCGGCCGGUGGCCCUGGAGGAGCCGCUCCGGAUCCAGCUGCGGAUUAUCCAGAUCCUGUCCAGGCUGGAGGAAGGUGAGCGGGGGCGCAGCCCCUCUUUGCCCGGGAACGCUG